AUGCAGAGUGCAGGCCCUUCGUCGUCAGGUGCGCAGCCGAUGCAGGAGGAUACAGUCUCGGCUGAGGAUAUGACAUCUAGAGACUAUUAUGCCGACUCGUAUGCUCAUUUCGGCAUUCAUGAGGAGAUGUUGAAAGACACUGUGCGGACGGGCUCAUAUCGCAAUGCAAUAAUCAACAAUCCGCAUUUAUUCAAGGGCAAGACCGUCCUGGACGUCGGCUGUGGGACCGGCAUCCUGAGUAUGUUCGCCGCCAAGGCCGGCGCAAAACACGUUGUUGGGAUCGAUAUGUCUAACAUUAUUGAUCAAGCCGUCAAAAUCGUUGAAGCCAAUGGUUUCAAAGACACUAUUACACUUGUGAAAGGAAAAUUAGAAGAGGCGGAACUGCCUUUGCAAGAAUUCGACAUCAUCAUCUCAGAAUGGAUGGGCUACUUCUUGUUGUAUGAAUCUAUGCUCGACACUGUACUUUUAGCCCGGGAUCGGUACCUCAAACCUGGGGGGCUCAUCUUCCCCGAUAUUGCCACGCUCUACAUUGCGGCUAUCGAGGACUCCGAGUACAAAGAGGAAAAGAUAAAUUUUUGGGAUAAUGUUUACGGUUUUGAUUACUCAUGCAUCAAAGACAUCGCAUUGCGAGAGCCAUUGGUAGACACAGUUGAGCUCAAAGCCGUCGUAACGGAUCCUUGUUUGAUUAAGCACAUCGAUCUGCGCACUGCCAAGAAGGAGGAUCUCACUUUCACCGCGCCAUUCUCGCUAAACGCGACAAGGAAUGACUAUGCCCAUGCUUUCCUAGCAUGGUUUGAUAUUGCUUUCGAUUGUACGCAUACCAAAGUCAAGUUUUCAACUGGCCCUCAUGCCAAAUAUACCCACUGGAAGCAAACUGUAUUCUACACACCAGACACUAUCACCGUGUCAGACGGGCAGGCGAUCAAAGGACGACUGUCGUGUGCGCCAAACGCCCGGAAUCCUCGUGACCUGGAUAUCGCCAUUGCAUACCAGACAGAGGGGGAGCCUGAGACGGAGAUACAUUACAAAAUCUCUGCCGCUCUCCUGAUCACGCCUGUUGACCUCACCCAGUCGCGGAAAGUUCACUCGAAAGUCAUCGCUGCCGUUUAUGGAUCAGUCGAGCUUCAGGGUCCUGCGCAGUGCGAAGCCACCUUAUGCAUGCUACAGCGCUGCCCUGACAUUGCGCGGCACAUCCGCAAGCUUGUCGUGAGACCGGAGAAGCAGCCCGGCGGCUCUGCCCAGCAGCACGUCCGCGCAUGGGACAAUGCAGGCACUAUCUCCCGCGUCGUUGUCGCCAUCGCGCAGUACCUUGAUGCACUACAGGUAUUCGAGUGGGACGGAGAGGACAUGCUCCCGGACGAUCGGAUGUGGUCAUUCCUCCGGACGUGCUGUCCCAACCUGCGCGAAAUAGGAACCACCUUUGGUUGUUUCUUGCCCAAUCCCGGGAGCAAUUUGUUUAAAUUCAACAACCUCGCGGGGUUCUCGCUCAUUUUCAAAGACGGCUUCUAUGCACAUCAGCUGCAUGUGCCUUCGCGCGAGAGUGAACCGGUAUUUAGUCGCCUUUGGGACAUGCUCAUCCAGCAAUGUCCUAAUCUCGAGUCCCUUGCGAUCUCGGGGACAUCUGCUGAACCGUCUGACGCCGCACGGCUCCCCACCGCUUACUGGCCCUGUCUCCGCGUGUUGACCGUCGGCGAUGUCGUCUUUGGUUUGUCAGUCCCGCUCAAUGCUCCCCCCUCCCACCCCUUCCUCCGCUUCCUAGCCCGCCAUCCUAACCUAGAAGGUUUGCAUAUCCUUGGUCGUCCGAACGUCAGCCCCCUUGAUCUUGUAGAGCUUGAUGCCGAGACGCUACCGCGUCUGACAGAGUUCACGGGCUCGCUGGACCAUCUGAGGGCUCUCAUACACCGAGGGCAGGGUGGUGUGGGGCUAGCUAAUGUUAACGCCAUAAUGCAGUGGAAUGCCCCGCAAGUACCAGCUCACCCUACAGGUUCCUCGCCGCUUUCAAAGACAUUGCAGUAUGUCUGCUUCCCGGAGCCAAUGCGAUUGCGAGAGCUCACACCGCUCGCUAUAUCACGGGUCCUGUUGGAGCUCUCCGCUCUUACGUCGCUUAAGAUAACUUUCGCGUUGCACAGCGGAUACGACAGUAAUGGUGUCUUCCGCACCAUCAUCGCGUCAUGUCCGCAACUGCUACACCUGGAUCUGACGUGCACCUCGAAGCCGUCCUUCUACCUAGAAUCAUUCUCUCGCUCUCUCCGUCGAUUGACGAGGCUGUCCACGUUGCAGCUUACCAUCGUCAGGUUCCACGGCGAGGAACCUUUGCAUGCGGGUGCUGCGCGCAUUGCACUCAGCAAUCCACGACUCACCCAGUUCUCCAUUUCUUAUAUCCCCCCGCAUACGCCCGCGCUGCCGCUUCCACCGCGGCUCGAAAGGGGCACGUUCGACCUCGUCUGCGACGCGCACGGUAUUCCUAUCAGCCUGUACGUCAGUGAAUGGCGCAUGAUGCUCUGUGGUGGUGACGGAGGCGGGUUUGUCUGGCGUGGGAUCGUCAGCAUUGGGAUGCUGCUUGGUAUCGGUGUUGGGACCGGCUGGCGUCCGGUUGCAGACGGGUGGUCGCGUCGGUGGACAUGCGAGCUGCGCCCGAGCGGGCACCCGGACGUGGCAAGGAAGGGGCUGCUGGAGCUACUGUGUGAUCGUAGCCCAGCAGGCGAGGAUGCACGCCUUCUCGCAUUCUGUUUCGGCCUCCUCCUGUUGGCAUUAUGGGGGAUGGCCCGGAGGGCGUCUGGCCUCCAAGGCAGAACCGCGCUUGUCACAGGGGGCACCGUAGGCAUUGGGCUCGAGGUCGCCAAAACCCUCGUUCUUGCCAAGGCCCGGGUCCUGCUCCUCUCCCGCAGGACCGACAACGCAGUGAACGCAAUAUCUGAGAUCAAAGCGUCCUGCGACCCCGAUGGUUCUCCUGUUGAUGUGAAUUUCAUCCAAUGUGAUCUCGGUAAUCUGGAAGAAGUCAAGAAGGCAGGAGAUAAAAUUCGGGAGGAGGAAGAACGACUUGAUCUCCUUAUCUGUGAUGCCGGUGUGGGUGUUAACAAGUACGGCGUCUCUGCCAACGGCGUCGAUCGCCACUUUGCUGUAAAUCACCUCGGGCACUUCCUCCUGACGAACCGUCUCCUGCCCUUGAUGAGGCGCACCGCUGCGCUCCCGGGCACGCCCGCCCCGCGCAUCGUCUGCGUCUCUUCCUCUCUUCAUCAAUCCGCGCCGGCUUCCGUACGCUUCGCCUCCGUCGACGAGCUCAACGAGGACCUCGGGCCCAUGGCGCAGUAUGGGCGCAGCAAGCUCGCGAACAUCCUGUUCGUCAAGUACGGCCUUAUCGAGCGUGCCUUUGGACAUGGUAACGACCACAUGCUCGCUCUCGCCACCCACCCGGGCGCAGUGCAUACGGAACAGCAGGAGCAGUUCAAAGAGGCGUAUGGUAUGGUUGCCGGAACCGCGCUGAAGAAUGUCGUCACACCGUUUAUGCGCUCGCCAAAACAGGGCAGCCUAAGCACACUCUGGGCAGCAACAUGCGAGGAGGUCGAACAACAUUCGGGUGAAUGGAACGGUCGCUAUAUAACAGAUCCCGGGCAGGCAAGCAAGGAAAGUAGCAUGGCGUGCGAUCCUGAGCUAGGAGCCAAUCUCUGGAACCUAAGCGAGCAAUUGGUCAGGGAGAAGUUAGGCGAUAAUGGUUUGCUUUCCUGGAAGGAUGAUCAGUCAUAA